AAGCGUGAAGACGUCGUCAUGAAGGCCUUGAUUCUGCUGGCGUUGCUUGGCGCAGCAUUCGUCGCUGCCGAGCAGGACGAUAAGAUCGUCGGGGGCUACGAGUGCCCCCGUCACUCCGUCCCCUAUCAGGUGUCUCUGAACGCCGGCUACCACUUCUGCGGCGGCUCCCUCAUUUCCAGCCAAUGGGUGGUUUCCGCUGCCCACUGCUACAAAUCUCGCAUCCAGGUGCGUCUGGGUGAGCACAACAUCGCCGCCAACGAGGGCACGGAGCAGUGGAUCGACUCUGCUAUGCUGAUCAAGCACCCCCAGUACAACAGCUACAACCUGGACAACGACAUCAUGCUGAUCAAGCUGAGCCGCCCCGCCGCUCUAAAUAACUACGUUAGCACCGUGCCGCUGCCUUCUCGCUGCACCUUCGCCGACGAGAACUGCAUGGUGUCCGGUUGGGGCAACAUGGCCGCCCCUGGCAACAACUUCCCCGACAGGCUACAGUGCUUGAGGCAGCCCAUCAUUGACGACAGGAUCUGCCGGAACGCUUACCCGCACCUCUUCACCCAGAACAUGCUCUGCUCCGGCUUCAUGCACGGCGGCGCCAGCAGCUGUCAGGGAGACUCCGGCGGUCCUCUGGUGUGCAACGGUGAGCUGCAGGGUGUGGUCUCCUGGGGCUACGAUUGCGCCAUGAAGGGACACCCCAGCGUGUACGCCCGCGUGUGUCGCUACAACGGCUGGAUCAAUGACAUGAUGAGGAGAUAUUGA